ACGAGGGGUAAGAGCGAAGAACCCCUCACUGCCCCCUCUUCUCCGAGCGCCCUGAGCUCGGCACCUCUAUGACUCUGAACCGCGGCGACAAGCUGCUCUACCUGGACAAGCGACGCUGCAGCAUGCCUUUCUCCGUGCAUCAGCAUCUGCACCGGCGAAGCAUGCCGGUGGACGAGCGGGACCUGCAGGCCGCCCUGCCGGAGGACGAAGUCGCCGGGCUGGUGCGCUGCACUUCGUACAGCCCCGGCGAGGCGCAGCGGGAGAGCUGGGCUUCCGACUCCUCCGACUCGGUCAUCUCCUCGGGCAGCGACUCCGACAGCAGCCUCUACAAAGUGAUCCUGCUCGGCGAGCACGGCGUCGGCAAGACCAGCUUGGCGCGCAUCUUCGGCGGCGUGGAGGACAGCGCGGAGGCGGAGGAAGCUGGAAAUACGUACGACAGAUCGAUUAUAGUUGAUGGAGAAGAGGCGUCUCUCGUGGUGUUCGAUAUAUGGGAGCAGGAUGACAGCCAGUGGCUUCAGAACCACUGUAUGAAGAUGGGAGAUGCCUAUAUUAUUGUAUACUCAGUGACAGACAAAGUUAGCUUUGAAAAGGCCUCUGAGCUAAGAAUCCAGCUAAGAAGAGCAAGGCAAACAGAAGACAUUCCUAUUAUUCUUGUGGGCAAUAAAAGCGACCUGGUCAGAUCCCGGGAAGUCUCGGUUGAUGAGGGACGGGCCUGUGCCGUUGUGUUUGACUGCAAAUUCAUUGAGACCUCAGCUGCUCUUCAUCAUAAUGUCAAGGACCUUUUUGAAGGUAUUGUUCGGCAGAUUAGACUUCGCAAAGACAGCAAAGAAGACAACGCUCGGAGAAUGGCCAACACAAAAAGAAGAGAAAGCAUAGGCAAAAAGGCAAGACGAUUCCUAGGGAGAAUUGUGGCAAAGAACAACAAGAAGAUGGCUUUCAAAGCAAAAUCAAAGUCUUGCCAUGACUUGUCUGUGCUUUAGGAGCUUUCAGAAAGGCCAGCUUGUUGCAUGUGGGUGAUGAACAAGCAAUUGACUGUUACAAGAACUGUACAGAUGAUCCUCAUGGUGAUAACAAGAAUGACUUAUCAAUUGAGACUCUCGUUAAUGCCUUAAGGUGUGCAAGCAAGUCUGGAAGUUACAGUACAGUGUCUGCUUCAUUGAUAAAUGGUUUAAGUUUCAAUUUGUGCAAGCAAAUGAACUAAACUUAAGUGGCUUGACAUGCCCACGUUUUCACUGUGUAUAUAUGUUAUAUAUCUUCUUGUCCUGUGGAUAUCAGAUGUUAAGAAAGGAUGAUAAGUAUCACCAUAGAUGUGUCUUGUUUGCAGAGCAAAACUUAAAACUUGUACGCAGGCUCGUACACUCUUUUUAGUAUAAAGCAAGCAAUGAUAAAUCUUUUUAAACUGAAAUUUGGGGAUGGUGGAGUAGAACCACUUUAGAAUGUGACAAAACAAAUUAUAUAUAUUUAAAUACAGAACAGAUACCAUUUUAUGAAGUUAAUUUGCACUUACAUUAACCAUUCUUCAAUUAAUUUGUUACUUGUUUACAUGUAAAUUUUAUAAUAAAGUAUUAUUUCCUGUUAAAAA